GCGUGAUUCCGUCCCGUGUAAUUCAAAUCAUGAAGAGCACCGGCUGCAUCGUCAUAUUACUGUUCGCGACGCUGGUCCUAGCGUCGGCCGAGGUCCGGAAUAAAGGAUGGUGGAAGAACAUGGUUUUCUAUCAAAUUUAUCCACGGAGCUUCAUGGACUCUGACGGGGAUGGCAUUGGGGAUCUGAAAGGCAUAACGAGCAAGCUGCAGCAUUUUAAGGACAGCGGAGUAGGAGCGAUCUGGCUGUCACCAAUUAAUAAAAGCCCUAUGGUCGAUAAUGGUUACGAUAUAUCGGAUUUCAAGGAUAUUGAUAAAACAUUCGGCAAAUUGUCCGAUUUCGAUGAUCUUAUAAAAAAAGCCAAAGAACUCGGUUUGAAGGUUAUUCUAGAUCUCGUACCUAAUCAUACGUCCGACGAUCAUUAUUGGUUUCAAAUGAGCGUUAAGCGUGAAGGAAAGUACGCAGAUUAUUACAUCUGGAGCGACGGAAAGAACAACAAGAAGUCGCCACCUAAUAAUUGGGCCAGUGUUUUCAAUAACUCAGGUUGGACGCUGCACCAGACACGAAACCAAUACUAUUUUCACCAAUUCUAUCCACAACAACCCGACCUAAAUUAUAACAAUCCGGAGGUGCAAUUAGAAAUGAAGGCGAUAAUGAGGUAUUGGUUGGAUAAGGGAUUGGACGGAUUCCGAAUAGACGCUGUGCCGCACUUGUUUGAGACCAAUCUAGACAAGGACGAACCUCCGAGUAAUAUACCAGGCGCUAAACCCGGGGAGCAUCUUUAUUUGAAUCAUAUCUACACGAAAGACCAGCCGGAAACUUACAAAUUAAUACAGAGCUGGCGAGAGUUCGUGGACAAAUACGCGGAGGAAAAUAAACGGGAUGAAAUCGUGUUAAUGACAGAAGCAUAUACCAGUUGGAACAACACAAUAGCUUAUUACAACUAUGGCUCCAAUGUACCAUUUAAUUUCAAAUUUAUAACCGACGCAAACUCCACCUCCACUGCCCAAAAUUUCAAGAAUAUCACGGACUCGUGGCUGCGACUUAUGCCGAAAGGUUCCACUGCGAAUUGGGUGAUGGGCAAUCAUGACAGGAACCGUGUCGCGACUCGUUACCCUGGCAGGCCAGAUCAGAUGACGAUGCUGGCUAUGAUCUUGCCUGGUGUGGUGGUAACUUAUUACGGCGAAGAAAUCGGCAUGGUGGAUGGUACAACAAUAAUUAGCGAUUUCCGUGACGGAUGCCGUACACCAUUUCAGUGGAACGAUUCUACCAGUGCAGGCUUCAGUAGCAGUAGCAAACCAUGGCUGCCGGUUAAUCCUGAUUAUAAAACAUUGAACCUGGACAAACAAACGACGGAUAAUGUCUCCCACUACAAUUUGUACAAGAAAUUAAUCAAAUUGCGCAACUCAUUGGUUGCGCUGAAAAAUGGUGAUGUCCAGACACAUGUGCUAAACAACGAAGUGUUCAUCGUCACUCGAAACACGGAGGACGAGUCAGUGGCGCUUUUGAUAAACUUCUCCUCGAACUCGACCGUGAUCGAUCUGACGCAAGUGUUGAAAGGGAAGAAGGCCGAAGUGAAGCUCAGUGACGUGAAGUCGAAUCUGACACUAAACACGGCGGUGACGAUGAACGCUUUUAACGUUCCUGCAAAAGGAUCAGUCGUUUUAAUCGCACAACCAAGCGGCGCGUCAAGUAUAGCCGGCAUCUCCCUCACGUCUGUUUUGCUGAUGGCGUUCGUUCCGUUGUUCAGGCCAUAGACGGACGGAACUUCCUGUGUUCGUGUAUCUUUCACGGGUGUCGAUAUCUGGUACAGUAGAAACUCGAUUAUCAGAAACUCCUCAAUACGGAUUUUUGUAACUCAGAAUCCUGUGGAAAAAGGUUCGACUAUUUUUAUUGAUACACGAAGUUGUAGAUGAGACAAUGGAUUUGUCUCCCUGUUAGUUCGGAUAAUAGCGGUACCACUGUAGGGUUGACGAACGAAUUAAUAAUGAAAACGAUUAAUAAUGAUUAACAAUUAAUAACGUGCUAUUGUGGUAGGUGCUGGGAAAAGGGUGAGGUAAAACUAACGAUCAGAAUGCUCGUUUCUACCGUCAUGUAACAAAUAUAGACUGAAUUUAUGUGUUGAUCCGGCUCGCCACAGUCUAUGUAUUCCCAUCGAAACAGAGGAUCAAAAUUUACGCCGAGUGUAGUAUACUAAAUAACGAUAAGUAGACCGCAAAAAUUCGUGAAAAUGUACAUUUCUACAGUUAAAUUUUCUAA